GCAACAGUUUGAGUUUUGUUCUAAUUUUCAGCGCUUUGUAGCUACUCGUGCCAGCUGCUGUUUUUUAGCGAGUAGUAAAUUUAGUUGCUUUAAAUUGGAUUUCUCUUCCUGGGGCUGCAUUUAGACUUGUAAGCCGUAAAAAUGAGUGACUUGGGGUGCUAUGAUCCCGGUCGUUUCAAGUUUCCCGACAGCGACAAGGCCGUUCCAGCCGAAACCCGAGCUGUAUUUCAGCGGGCUUGCGCCGGGUUCGCCGACGCAUACGUCCUCUUGAUGGCAGCCGACCACUUUGACCGUUUAACCCCUGGCAUGAUGGCAGCCGUAGCGAAGCUUCCCGUCCGUUAUACAUAUCUCGGUCAGCUGACAUCAUCUGGUGACAUGGCUCGCCAAAAGAUCAACUUACAGUUUGCAGUCAAGAACCAGCUUACUCAGAACGCUGCGAAUCAUCUACCGGCCAAGAAAGCGGAAUCUUCUGACGAGGACAGCUCGGAAGACGAAAAACCAAAGAAAACCCCGGCUGCUAAUGCGACCGUAAAACCCGUUUCGGCGAUCAAGCCGAAUACUGCAGCGACGGCUCCAGUGAAACCCAGCCCGGCGAAGAAAGCGGAGAGCUCGUCGGAAGACAGCUCCGAUGAGGAUCCAAAGCCUAAAACGGCGAUCCCUGCGAAGGCACCAGUGAAGGCUGCACCUACUCCUACACCAGCGGCGAAACCCAGUCCGCCGAAGAAGGUUGCUGAGUCGAGUUCGGAUGAAGAUUCUGACGAUGAGCUGCCUGUGAAGAAGGUCUCACCAGGCGGCUUUGCCAAUAAACCCGCUCCUCCUGCACCUGCUAAAACAACGCCCGUAGCUGCGAAACCAAAGCUUGAAUCUUCGUCAGACGAAGAUUCCGACGACGAGACACCGGCCACAAAGAAGGUUCCCGCAAAACCUGCACCGGUUGCGGCCAAAGCCAGCGUUGUGCCUCCCGCCAAACAACCAGCUAAGAAGGCGGAGAGUUCCAGUGAAGACAGUUCAUCAGAAGAUGAGAAGCCGAAAAAGCCAGCGCCCGUGAAAGCUUUGCCGGCGCAACCGGCUAAACCGGUCGCAGCUGCUCCUGUACCGGCAAAACCGACGCCUGGAAAGAAACAACAGCCCGAAUCUUCGAGUUCCGAAGAGUCUGAAGAUGAACUGCCAAAGAAACCUGCAGCGCCUGUUCCAGCAAAGACACCCGUGGUCACUCCACUAGCAAAACCCGCACUGAACAAUGCGAAACGGAAGGCGGAAUCGGAUUCAUCCGAUGAGGAUGAUUCGGAUGAGGACGCCAAACCGAAGCCAGCAGCACCGAAAGCGAAUUCACCGGCCAAGAUUGCAACGCCAGCCCCAGCGGCUAAAGCGGCAUCUCCCGUAAAAACACCCGCGAAGAAACCCGAAAGUAGCAGUGAGGAGAGUUCAUCGGAGGAUGACAAGAAGAAGACAGCCGUUACCGCUAAGCCAGCAGCGGCAUCCCCAGCGGCUAAACCGGCAUCUGCAGUGAAACCGGUUGCCAAAAAACCCGAGAGCAGCAGUGAGGAGAGCUCGUCGGAAGAUGAUAAGAAGAAAAAGACACCAGUUCCUGCUAAGCCAGCAGCCAAUGCGCUGCCUGCCAAGCCCAAAACGGCCGUUCCACCUGUUGCGGCGAAAACCACUCCGGGAAAGGCACCCGUACCGGAAUCGUCUAGCGACGAUGAUUCUGAGGACGAGUUGCCAAAAAAGGCAGUACCGGUAAAACCUGCAGCGACACCGCUGGCGAAACCGGCUGCGGCACCACCAGCGAAACCGACUCCGGGCAAGAAACUGAUGCCGGAAUCAUCCAGCGAUUCUGAUUCGGAAGAUGAACUGCCGAAAAAACCGGCAACGCCCGCAGCUGGAGCGGCAGGAAAGAAUGUGGCGGUGAAUUCUGCAACGAAACCAGCGCAGAACAAUGUUAAGCGAAAAGCCGAGUCCAGCAGUGAGGACGAUUCGGAUGAUAAUACCGGGCCAUCGGUGUUCAGCAAAAGCAAUGGGACGCCGGCGGGAAAAAAGAUUGAAGCCGGAUCGGCUGUAAGUGAAGCCGUCGGCGAUGGGGAAGAAAAUGAAGACGUAAACGGAAUGGAUGCCGACGAGGCGACGGAGAAUGGGCCCAACGCCAAAAAGCGUCGCUCGUCGCCGUUUCGUCGUGUGAAAGAAGCUACCGUGGAGGAACUGCAUUCUACCGCGGCGGAUCCACGUUUAUUAGAUAAUUCUUAUCGGGCGUUCAGGGAUGGAAUGGGCGAUGCAGAUUGGGCGGAUAAGGCGGCGCAGGACUUUCGCACCGUGAAAGGGAAGAAUUUCCGCCAUGAGAAAACCAAGAAAAAGCGCGGGUCAUACCGUGGUGGCAAGAUUAAUACAGGAAUAAAUUCUGUUAAAUUCGAGUAAUUUAAUCCUUUGUUAUUGUUGUUACUUUUUGAUGAUGUAUCCAUUCCCUGGUGGCGGAAUGUGUCGUCUAAGUAAUCUUUAUUUUUUCUCCUUCUCUGAUGGAAAUAUUUUUGUGUGGAUUUAGGAUUACAAUGAACGCCCGAAAAGAU